GUCGGGGAGGCGGGGCCUAGGGAAGUGAUCCGUCGGGAUGCUCCCUGCUCCAGCGCGCCUGCUGUGGCCGUCUUAGCUCCUUGCAGCCAUGGCGGUGACUGCCGGGUCCGCGCGGGCCCCGUCGGACUCCCACAAAGUACAGAAAGACAAGGCUGGACAGACUUCAGGGCCCAGGCAGGGCAGCGGAAUGGGGAAACUCUUGGGUUUUGAGUGGACAGAUGUUUCCGGCUGGGGGAGGCUGGUGACCCUGCUGAAUCGACCAACGGAUCCUGCCAGCCUGGCUGUCUUCCGAUUUCUCUUUGGGCUGAUGAUGGUGUUGGACAUUCCCCAGGAGCGGGGGCUCAGCUCCCUGGACCGAAGAUACCUGGAUGGGCUGGAGGUGUGCCGCUUCCCCUUGCUGGAUGCUCUGCAGCCACUACCACUUGACUGGAUGUAUCUUGUCUAUACCGUCAUGUUUCUGGGGGCGCUGGGCAUGAUGCUGGGCCUGUGCUACCGGAUGAGCUGUGUGUUGUUCCUGCUGCCGUACUGGUAUGUGUUUCUCCUGGACAAGACGUCGUGGAACAACCACUCCUAUCUGUAUGGUUUGUUGGCCUUUCAGCUGGCAUUCACGGAUGCAAACCACUACUGGUCUGUGGACGGCCUGCUGAAUGCCCGUAAGCGGAAUGCCCACGUGCCCCUUUGGAACUACGCUGUCCUGCGGGGCCAGAUCUUCAUUGUGUAUUUCAUCGCGGGUGUGAAAAAGCUGGACGCAGACUGGGUUGAAGGCUAUUCCAUGGAGUACCUGUCUCGGCACUGGCUCUUCAGUCCCUUCAAACUAGUAUUGUCCGAGGAGAUGACCAGUCUGCUAGUGGUGCACUGGUGCGGACUGCUGCUCGACCUCUCAGCUGGUUUCCUGCUCUUCUUUGAUGCCUCGAGGCCAAUUGGCCUCCUCUUCGUGUCCUACUUCCACUGCAUGAAUUCCCAGCUUUUCAGCAUUGGUAUGUUCCCCUACGUCAUGCUCGCCAGCAGCCCCCUCUUCUGCUCCCCUGAGUGGCCCCGGAAGCUAGUAUCUCACUUCCCUGAAAGGCUGCAAGAGCUGCUGCCCCUCAAGGCUGCCCCUCAGCCCAGUGUGUCCUGCGUGUAUAAGAGGAGCCGAGCCAAAGGUGGCCAGAAGCCAGGGCUGCGCCAUCAGCUGGGCGCCGCCUUCACCCUGCUCUACCUCCUGGAGCAGCUCUUCCUGCCCUAUUCUCAUUUCCUCACCCAGGGCUAUAACAACUGGACGAAUGGGCUGUAUGGCUAUUCCUGGGACAUGAUGGUACACUCACGCUCCCACCAGCACGUGAAGAUCACCUACCGGGAUGGCCGCACUGGCGAGCUGGGCUACCUUAACCCCGGGGUAUUCACACAGAGCCGGCGAUGGAAGGAUCACGCGGACAUGCUGAAGCAAUAUGCUACUUGCCUGAGCCGACUGCUUCCCAAGUACAAUGUCACGGAGCCCCAGAUUUACUUUGAUAUUUGGGUCUCCAUCAAUGACCGCUUCCAGCAGAGGAUUUUUGACCCUCGUGUGGACAUCGUGCAGGCCGCCUGGUCUCCCUUCCAGCGCACCCCUUGGCUACAGCCGCUGCUGAUGGACCUAUCUCCCUGGAGGACCAAGUUACAGGAAAUCAAGAGCAGCCUGGACAACCACACUGAGGUGGUUUUCAUUGCAGAUUUCCCUGGGCUGCACCUGGAGAAUUUUGUCAGUGAAGACCUGGGCAACACUAGCAUUCAGCUGCUGCAGGGGGAGGUGAUUGUGGAGCUGGUGGCAGAACAAAAGAAUCAGACUCUUCAGGAGGGAGAGAAAAUGCAGUUGCCCGCUGGUGAGUACCAUAAGGUGUAUACGACGUCACCCAGUCCUUCCUGCUACAUGUACAUCUAUGUCAACACUACGGAGCUUGCACUGGAGCAGGACAUGGCAUAUCUGCAAGAACUAAAGGAGAAGGUGGAGAAUGGAACCGAAAUGGGGCCUCUACCUCCAGAACUGCAACCUCUGCUGGAAGGGGAAGUGAAAGGAGGCCCUGAGCCAACACCUCUGGUUCAGACUUUUCUUAGACGCCAGCGAAGGCUCCAAGAGCUUGAACGCCGGAGAAAUACCCCUUUCCGUGAGCGGCUCUUCCGCUUCUUGCUACGGAAGCUCUAUAUCUUUCGCCGCAGCUUCCUGAUGACUUGUAUCUCACUGCGAAAUCUGGUAUUAGGCCGCCCUUCCCUGGAGCAGCUGGCCCAAGAGGUGACUUACGCAAACUUGCGACCCUUUGAGCCAGUUGGAGAGUCAAGUCAUUCAAACACAGAUUCUUCAAAUUCUAAUCCUCCUGAGCCAAAUUCUGACCUUGUGCACUCAGAGUUCUAAGGGGGGUCAGAUGUGCAGGGUACAGAUGUGGGAGCAGCCAAUCAGAGAACCAUCAAUGUAUGCAUUGGAAAUGUGAAGAAAUUGAUAUUUUGUAUAUUUUUCUCCAUAGUUCUUUUAAAUUCAGAGAGGAUAUCUUACAGGAGCCAAGAAAGUGAAGCAAGGUUAAGAUUGAUCAAUUCAAGGCUGAGAGGCUAGGAGGGGUUUAAAAGCAUUCUAGGAUCAAGGGCUAAGAGUCUGGUUUAAAGUGACCAACUCCUUGGGGAAAGAGAUUUAUGUGCCAUGGUAACAAUAAUGCCAAACUAUUUUCAAGUACUUGUUAUAUGCUAGGCACUGUGUGAAACAUGGUACCUUCAUUAUUGCAUUUAGCUCUUAGUGGCCAGUAGCCCCCUAUUUUACAGUUGGAGAAAGUAAGAUUCAGAGAUAAUAUAAUUUCAAAGACAACCUCCAUAAGAGAUGUAUUGAUGGUUUGAAUCUUGUCUGUUCAACUUCAGGUCCCAUACCCUGCCUCUUGUAAUUUGCAGAAUCACGGACAAUAACUAUGAAAUAGUGUUAGCUUAAAACUUGUCUUGUUAAUUACAGGUAAGAUUAGGAUGGCGAUCAAGUUCUAAAUGCACAGAGUAACUUUCUCCCUACUGUUGUGGUUCCUUCAUUGUUCCUAUUAUAGCCAGUUAAGUUUUUCAGUAGUACUUAUGAGAAUAGAUAGGACCAAGUUAAAUAAGGAAAUUUAGAUGACUGGCACUAGCUCUCUCAAAAAUAAGCUUAAUAUUUAGCAUUAUUCUAGCCUUUUGUGAGCAGAAAGUGAUGUAAAGAAAGAAUUAACCAAACUGAUGAGACUAGGGCAUGUUAACAGUUAAUUUGUAGGCUUCAAAGUACAGGGUGAUUCAGGAGGCACCUCAGUUCCUUGAAAACUCAAAAGCCUGGCAUUGGGCUAGAAGUAAGAAUGCAUAGAGAAAAGAGGGGGAAAAAGGCCUCUGCUCUGGGUGUUCAUGGUCUCACAGCAAAGACUGUCAUGGCAGUAUAUUGGCAGUCACAGUAACUUUGAUAAAGGAUUGCAUCUCUGUUUUCAGGCUUUGUUUCCAUGCCCCGCCCUACCCCACUGCCUUGGAUAGUGGUCUCAGGGAUCUUUGUAGGCAGUUGCCUUCUCACUAUACACACUUGGGACGAUAAUGUCCUCUCCAGUGGCUUCCACUGAUGCUGCUGCUUACAUUUCUUUCCUGUGCCCUACACCUAUAUAUUUAACACACUCCAUCUGGAUAUCCCACAAACCUUUCAAACUCUCUCCUAAACAACUCAGACCUCGUUAUUAGUGAAUGGCAACUGCAUUUUAUUGAACAAGCCACCUGAAUCAGCCUGGAUUCUUCCUUUUUUCUCACAUUUCUUAAAUUUCAAGUCAUCAACUUUACCUCUUCAAUCUAUUCCUACUACCUCUGUGUUCUAAUCUAGUUGGAGAUAGACCAGAUACAGUUGUGCAGGUUGGGCCUGAAUAUGGGUGUCCCACUGAGGCCAAGUGGAACCUCUUACUCCUCAGCUGGCAGUAACUGUGCCACAUGGUAUCCUGAUCACUUGGGAAGGACAGCGUGGGGAACCACUGGUUUUCAAUAGUUUUGCAGAUCUCAGUGAUACAGUGUACCUUGGCACAGUGUCCUUUUGAAGUUCAGCUAUUUUCUCUCCCCUGCAAACCCCCAACCCCCUGCCCGUUCUGUGACUAAGGAACUCUAUUUGGGGAAGGGACUCAACAGUUAGUUGUAAUAUAGGCAAGGAUGCUACUAUCCCCAAACUUCGUGCACCACCUCUUCCCAAUGAAAAUGUUGGGGUGGUGGAGAGAAUAGGUGGUCACCUUAAUACUGUUUAAGAACCAUCUUAAAACUGUUUUUUAAGAUUUCACUAGAAAUCAGGCUCUGUGCAGCUGUUAUGGAAAUGGGCUAUCAAUGUCCUUUUCACCAGGCUUUAGUUUUUCUAUUUCAUUCUACUCCCAGCUUUUGGCUCUUUUGUCCCUAACCAAGUUGUUCCUUUAAACUUUGUAUAAAGUCCAGUACAGAUUUGUUUAACCUACACAUUUGACCUUUCUCCCCAUACCAUAUUCAUGCUUCUUCAACCAUUUAUAAUCACCAUCACCCCAUUUUACCCCUUUGCUUCUACACUUCUCCAUGGUCUGGUUACGAUUUCUUCACCUUCAUUUUUUAAUUUUUUCCCAUUCGGUAGAGGCAAAUACUGAACCUAGCCUUAAUUUCCCUAGUGCUGUCCCACAAGCCUAUAGGCAUCCAGCACAUCGCUAUGCCCUUUAUUUGGUCAGAAUUGUUACUGGUCUCGACAGAGCUUUUUGAGACUUUCAAUACUAGGACUUAACCUUGCCUCCCCCUCCAAUACAGUUACAUUUAAGCCUCUAAAUAGGUGUAAUCAAGCAUUCUCUGGUGUAAAUCUGUGUCAAGUGGCUCUGGUCUCUACUUUUAGCUCCUAGUUAAAAAGGGAUGCUUCAAGUUCUGUUGCAAACCUCUACAAACUACCAAAUUUAGAAUAAGGGUUUUAGAAACUUGUAAUAGCACCUUCACUAUUUCUAUAUUCAGUUUUUCACAUUAGCUUACUUAUUCUAGCUCAUAAGCCAAUUGUGCCACAUACUCAACCUGUAACUUUCAGCCUUUAACAGCUGUUUAUAAUAAAGGGAUUAAUACUUCA